UCAUCUUUCUUCCUGUCUGGUUCUACUCUUCUCUUCAUGGGCUGCUCCAUUUCUAGAAUUGACCAGCUCCCUGCAGUGUCUCUAUGCCAUGACCGAUGUAAGUUCGUUGAAGAAGCUCUGUACCAAAGCUAUGCCCUCGCCGAUGCUCAUGUUGCUUACAUGCACUCCCUCAAGUCCCUCGGCCCUGCAUUUCACCGCUUCUUUGAUGAAGCCCUCAUCAAUAACCAGUCUGACUCUCAAUCUAAUGGCGAUUCCGCGGCUGUUACCAAACUCAGUAAACCCUCUUCGCCUGAUAUUUUCUGUCCCUCAAGUUCUACAAACUCGGAGACUUCUCACAUUGAUUUCCGUUCUGAUUCAGAAGAUGAAGAAUUUAAAGACAACAAAGAUCUUGAUUCGCUUCAUGGAGUCCAUAAAAGUCAGUUUAAUCCGUAUUCUUAUGAUCAUCUUGACGAUAAUGAGUACGAUUACCCAGCUUGGAAAACUCCUCCACCUCCGGCUCCAAGUAGUUCAGCCUGGGAUUUCUUGAAUUUCUUUGAAACAUACGAGAGAUAUGAGUUACCGACCAAGGAUAAGGAAUUUGUGAAUGGAAUUCGUUUAGAAGGUAAAUGUGGUAAAAAUGGAGAAGAAGAUAGGAGGGAAGCAGAGAAAGGUAAUAAUGUGAAGCAGAAGAAGGAGGCUAAAGUGGUAGAAGAAAAGAAAGUUGAACAUGUGAAAGAGGAAAGUAAAGAGAGUAAAGAUUUAGGCCAUCAGGCUAAAAUCCAAAGUGUCUUGGAGGUUAUGAAAGGAGUAGAGGUUUUGUUUGACAAAGCUGCAGAGUCAGGAAAUGAAGUCUUGAAAAUAUUUGAUGCAGGGAAAUUCAGAUAUUAUUACAAAAAUUCUGUUUAUCAAGAAGUUUCUUCCAAGAUGUUGCACACUGUUACUCCGUCUUUUUCAGAGAAGAAUGGUUCUGUUCAUGGGGACUUUGAUGAGGAUUUGGGGAUAAUUUCUGUGAAUCUGUCUUCUACUCUUAGAAAGCUGUGCUUGUGGGAGAAGAAACUCUAUCAUGAAGUCAAGGCUGAGGAAAAAUUGCGUCUCCUUCUUGCGAAGAACUGUGGGCAGAUGAACAUGUUGGGUGAGAAAGGCGCUGAUGCCAAUAAAGUUAACUCCACUCAACCUUUACUCCGGAUGCUAUCUACGAAGAUCACAGUUGCAAUUCAAGUUAUUGACAAGAUAUCAAUUACCAUCAGUAAAUUGAGGGAUGAAGAGUUGUGGCCACUGAUCAGUGACUUGAUUGAGAAGUUACUGGAUAUGUGGAAAGUUAUGUUAGAAUGCCACAGAUGUCAGUCCCAGGCAGUUGUCGAAACCAGGAGUUUGGAUGCCGUUGCUUCCAAUGUGAAGUUUAGUGAUGCCUAUCUUGAAGCAGCAAUACAGCUCAAGAUUGAGCUACAAAACUGGAAUCUAAGCUUUUCCAAUUGGAUCGAUGCACAAAGAGGCUACGUCAGAGCAUUGAAUGGUUGGCUUCUGAGGUGUCUUCCAUCUGAACUUGAAGAAACUCUAGACGCUGUGCCACCAUUCUCCCCUAGUAGGACAGGAGCACCUCCGGUGUUUGCGUUCUGUAACCUGUGGUCACUUGCCAUUGACAGGGUCUCAGAGAUGGAGGUAAUUUAUGCAAUGAAUGGAUUGUUCGAUAGUGCAAAUCAGUUCCUGGAACGACAUCAUGAUUACCUACAGCAAAGACUGACUACAGACAAGGACAUGGCGAAGAAAAUGAAGACCUUGGAGAGGGAGGGGCAAAGGUUGCAAAAGGUGAUUCAAGCUCGAGGGAAGACGUUUCAAGCCAGUAGAGCUGUACAUCGAAGCGAAAUGACCGAUAAUAGUAGUCUUCAGUUUGGUCUGAGACAAAUUUUUGUAGCCAUAGAGCAGUUCUCUGCCGAUACCAUGCACGGUUAUGAGGAGCUUCAUGUGCACAUUGAACAUAGUAGACUCGGUCAAGAGAAUCCAGCAGCUCCUUAAUUAUUCACCAAUAAUCAGGCAUUACAUAUAUCUGUGAAUUUAUUCCCUUCCUGGAUUCGACGAGGCUGGCCUAUGGAUUCAUUCUUUCCAUCCUUUGCUCAUUUCACCUCCUCAACAGUGGAUAGUUGUGAUACUAUGUGCAAUAACAAGUAGGGCAUUCGAGCUGCGGUUUUUGAGCUACAAAUGUGACAUGCUGUGGUUCAGCUCAGCCUCCGUUGAGGCAUGAUUGCAGUUUUGAUCAGAUGCAAGUGUAAUAUUGUCAGGUUUUUUGAACAUCCACUUAGGUAUCCUUGAUUGUCUUUGUUGUGUUUUUUGGGACAUAUAUGCCCUGCUGUGUUUGACACUCUGCAGUUUCAACAGUAUCAUUUUGAAGCUUAACCUGUCAGGAUCGUUCUGGGCUUCCCCGUUGGGUUAUACUAGCUGUUCCUUUAGCAGUACAUAGGAAUCUUCUUGUAAAUUUGUUUUGAGGUCAGCAAAACGUUUUUCUCUGUCCGGGCUAUCCAGAGAGCAAGUGCUUUCCUGAUUUAAAUUCGAGUUUGUUUUUUGUAAUUUAUUUAUUGAUUAAUUCGACAGCAUGGAUUUGCAUCUUUGAU